UGUCACGCGUGCGCUCCGUCGCCGUUCAUUUGUUGAUCAUGUGGGUGUUAUCGGUGCACGGUGGUUGAGCUCUCCUCUCAACAGAAAAAAAAAGGGGGGAUUGAAUUAAACGGCGGUCGGCAAGGGCACCGGAGGACGCGGCCCCCACCAGCCACCAUGGACAUCGUCGACGAGGACUGCUGCCAGCACAUCGAGGACUACAAGCGCGACGACAUCAACACCUUCAGAGUGGUGCACGCCAUCUUCGUCGUCUGCACGGACGAGAAGUCCAAACAGACCAAGCUUAAGAACGCUUUUUGCCAUGUGUGCCAAAGACUCGGGCCUCACCUGCACGCGUGCCUCCACUGCGUCUUCUUCGGCUGCCACAAACACAUCAGAGAGCACACGGCAGACAUGAAGCACUGCUUCAGCAUGGAUCUCACCUACGGACAAGUGCACUGCACCAAGUGCGACGAUUACAUCUACGACUCCAAACUGGACGAGAUUGCCAUGACGAACAAAAUGAGCGCAGCUAAAUGUAACAAAAGAUUGUUGAAUUGGACUUCGUGGGAACCUUUGGAGGAGGAUAGAGGCGAUUUCUUGAACUGCAAUCCGAAGCGAAUCUGCAUCACGCCUGACUCGACGAUCGGGUUGAGGGGUCUCCUGAAUUUGGGAUCGACGUGCUUCAUGAAUUGCAUAGUUCAGGCGUUGAUGCAUACUCCACUUCUGAGAGACUACUUCUUGAGCGAAAGACACAAAUGCAAUGGACUUCCUGGCACGUGCUUAGUUUGCGAACUCUCCAGAUUGUUUCAGGAAUUUUACAGAGGACAACGUGUUCCUUUGGCCCUGAACAAACUCCUCCAUCUGAUCUGGACUCAUGCUCAACAGUUGGCAGGAUACGAGCAGCAGGACGCGCACGAGUUCUUCAUCGAAACGCUGGGCGUGCUGCACAAGCACUGCGAAGAACUGUCUCCACAACAUUCCACCAUCUCCACCACCGAGAAGAUCACGAAAUGCGCGAGCAUCAUCGACCAGAUCUUCGCAGGAGGUUUGCAGAGCGAUCUGGUCUGCCAGAAGUGCAACGCCGUUUCGACGACGAUCGAUCCGACCUGGGAUUUCUCGUUGGAUUUGGGUCCGGUGAGUCUGGGCGGACGACCGCCCUCAUCGUUGAUCGACUGCUUGGAGAGGUACACGCGACCGGAACAUUUGGGUUCCAUCAAAUGCUCGAGCUGCCAGUCCUACCAAGAGUCCACGAAGCAGCUCACGCUGAAAACCCUUCCGAUCGUCGUCAGUUUUCACCUAAAACGCUUUCAACAUUCCAAAGAAGUAAGAUUUUUACCUACAAAGUCCAGUUUAAACGUUUUCUUUUUCAUACAGAAAGAGAAGAAAAUCCUCACUUCGAUUUCGUUUCCUGAGAUGCUCGACAUGACGCCCUUCAUGAGUCGCAACAAGACCAGCUCUUCGUACCCGAUUCCUCCGGAUAAUCGUUACUCCCUCUUCGCCGUCAUCAACCAUUUGGGCAGUUCCAUCAACGCCGGUCAUUACACCGCGUACGUUCGGCAGCAACGCGAUUACUGGUACAAAUGCGAUGACCACGUCAUCACCAGAGCAAAUCUCAAAGAAGUAUUGGAUUCCGAAGGCUACUUGCUCUUCUACCACAAACACAACCUGGGAUACGAGUGAGAGACGUUUCGUUAUUUUUUUUUAAUGUAUAUUUAGGAAAUUCUCAAACCCUUCGCUUUCCCGACUCUCCCCAAUAGAUGUUAAUUUUUAUUUUUUUUAAACUACGUUAUUUAAUAAA